AUGGCUCCCAAGGUCGCUAUCGUCUACUACUCCAUGUACGGCCACAUCCAGGCCUUGGCCGAGGCCGAGAAGAAGGGUAUCGAGUCUGCCGGUGGUCAGGCUGAUAUCUUCCAGAUCGCCGAGACCCUCAGCGAAGAGGUCCUGACCAAGAUGCACGCUCCUACCAAGUCCAGCUACCCCAUUGCCGAGCCUGCCGACCUCCUUGCCUACGAUGCCGUCCUGUUCGGUAUCCCCACCCGUUACGGUAACUUCCCUGCCCAGUGGAAGACUUUCUGGGACAAGACCGGCGGUAUCUGGGCCACCGGUGGCUACUGGGGCAAGCACGCUGGUCUCUUCGUCUCUACUGGUACCCAGGGCGGUGGCCAGGAGUCCACUUGUCUUGCCGCCAUGAGCACCCUCGCUCACCAUGGUUUCGUUUAUGUGCCGCUUGGAUACAAGACUGUCUUCGCUCAGCUCUCCAACCUGGACGAGGUUCACGGUGGUAGCGCCUGGGGUGCCGGUACAUUCGCUGGUGCCGACGGUUCCCGCCAGCCCAGUGCUCUCGAGAUCGAGGUCGCCACCGCCCAGGGCAAGGCCUUCUACGAGACUGUUUCCAAGGGCCAGUGA